CGGCUAAAACUCUUCAGAUCUUUAACAUUGAGAUGAAAAGCAAGAUGAAGGCGCACACCAUGACUGACGAUGUCACCUUCUGGAAGUGGAUCUCCCUCAACACAGUUGCUCUUGUGACUGACACUGCUGUGUACCACUGGAGCAUGGAGGGGGACUCACAGCCUGUGAAGGUCUUUGACCGUCACUCCAGCCUGGCAGGAUGUCAGAUCAUCAACUACCGAACUGAUGCCAAGCAAAAAUGGCUCCUCCUUAUUGGUAUCUCAGCUCAGCAAAAUCGAGUGGUAGGAGCCAUGCAGCUGUAUUCUGUGGACAGAAAGGUUUCCCAGCCCAUUGAGGGCCAUGCUGCCAGCUUUGCCCAGUUUAAGAUUGAGGGUAAUGCAGAAGAAUCAACUCUGUUCUGCUUUGCUGUCAGAGGCCAGGCUGGAGGAAAGCUGCACAUCAUUGAAGUGGGGACACCACCAACUGGUAACCAGCCAUUUGCAAAGAAAGCAGUAGAUGUCUUCUUUCCUCCAGAAGCUCAGAAUGACUUCCCUGUGGCCAUGCAGAUAAGUGCAAAGAACAAUGUGGUUUUCCUUAUUACCAAAUAUGGCUACAUCCACCUGUAUGACCUGGAGACAGGAACCUGCAUCUACAUGAACCGCAUCAGUGGGGAGACCAUCUUUGUCACUGCCCCACAUGAGGCCACCUCGGGCAUUAUUGGGGUCAACAGGAAGGGACAGGUGCUGUCUGUCUGUGUGGAAGAGGAAAAUAUAAUCCCGUACAUCACCAACGUGUUGCAGAAUCCAGACCUCGCUCUGCGUUUAGCCGUACGCAACAACCUCGCAGGAGCUGAGGAGCUCUUCGCUCGCAAGUUCAACAACUUGUUUGCUGCCGGCAAUUACUCUGAGGCUGCCAAAGUUGCUGCUAACGCACCGAAGGGUAUUCUGCGCACCCCGGACACCAUUCGUCGCUUCCAGAGUGUUCCCACUCAGCCCGGCCAGACCUCGCCCCUGCUCCAGUACUUCGGUAUCCUGUUGGACCAGGGCCAACUCAACAAGUACGAGUCCCUGGAGCUCUGCAGGCCUGUCCUCCAGCAGGGAAGAAAACAACUGUUGGAGAAGUGGCUGAAGGAGGACAAGUUGGAGUGUUCAGAGGAACUGGGGGACCUGGUGAAGGCAGUGGAUCCCACCCUGGCUCUCAGUGUGUACCUGAGGGCAAAUGUUCCCAACAAGGUUAUUCAGUGCUUUGCAGAAACCGGACAGUUCCCAAAGAUCGUCCUGUAUGCUAAGAAGGUGGGCUACACCCCAGACUGGAUCUUUCUGCUUAGGAAUGUGAUGCGGAUCAACCCAGACCAAGGCCUGCAGUUUGCACAGAUGCUUGUCCAGGAUGAAGAGCCGCUGGCAGACAUCACACAGAUUGUGGAUGUGUUCAUGGAGUACAACCUGAUUCAACAAUGCACCUCUUUCCUCCUGGAUGCUCUGAAGAACAACAGACCCUCAGAGGGACCACUGCAGACUCGCCUCUUGGAAAUGAACCUGAUGCACGCCCCACAGGUUGCUGAUGCCAUCUUGGGCAACCAGAUGUUCACCAACUAUGAUCGUGCCCACAUCGCCCAGCUGUGUGAGAAGGCUGGACUCCUUCAGAGGGCACUGGAGCAYUACACAGAUCUGUACGACAUCAAGCGUGCUGUGGUGCACACACAUCUUCUCAACCCAGAGUGGCUGGUCAACUACUUUGGCUCACUGUCAGUGGAAGAUUCAAUGGAGUGCCUCAGGGCCAUGYUGUCGGCCAACAUCCGUCAGAACCUGCAGAUCUGUGUCCAGGUGGCUUCAAAAUACCACGAACAGCUCACCACUCAGUCUCUCACUGAACUCUUUGAGUCCUUCAAGAGCUUUGAAGGUCUGUUCUACUUCCUGGGCUCUAUUGUGAACUUCAGUCAGGAUCCAGAAGUUCACUUCAAAUACAUCCAGGCUGCCUGCAAGACAGGCCAGAUCAAAGAAGUGGAGAGGAUCUGUAGAGAGAGCAACUGCUACGACCCUGAGCGAGUCAAGAACUUCCUCAAAGAAGCCAAACUCACCGACCAGCUGCCCCUCAUCAUUGUUUGUGAUCGCUUUGAUUUCGUCCAUGACCUGGUGCUUUACCUGUACCGUAACAACCUGCAGAAGUAUAUAGAGAUUUAUGUUCAGAAGGUGAACCCUAGCCGUCUGCCUGUGGUAGUGGGUGGUCUCCUGGAUGUGGACUGCUCUGAAGAUGUCAUCAAGAGUCUGAUCUUAGUGGUCAGAGGGCAGUUCUCUACUGAUGAACUUGUUGCUGAGGUGGAAAAGAGGAACAGGCUGAAGCUGUUGCUGCCCUGGCUGGAGUCUCGUAUCCAUGAAGGUUGUGAAGAACCUGCUACCCACAAUGCCCUGGCAAAGAUCUACAUCGACAGCAAUAACAACCCCGAACGCUUCUUGCGUGAAAAUCCGUUCUAUGACAGCCGUGUGGUGGGAAAGUACUGUGAGAAGAGAGACCCCCAUCUGGCCUGUGUGGCUUAUGAGCGAGGACAGUGUGACCAGGAGCUGAUUAAUGUUUGCAAUGAGAACUCUCUCUUCAAGAGCUUGUCCCGUUACUUAGUGAGACGUAAAGACCCUGAGCUGUGGGCCAGUGUGCUGCUGGAGAGCAAUCCCUUCAGGCGCCCGCUCAUUGAUCAGGUGGUGCAAACAGCGCUGUCAGAAACUCAGGAUCCAGAGGAGGUAUCCGUCACCGUCAAAGCUUUCAUGACUGCCGACUUACCCAAUGAGCUGAUUGAGCUGCUGGAGAAGAUUGUGUUGGACAACUCUGUCUUCAGUGAACACAGAAAUCUGCAGAACCUGCUGAUUCUGACAGCAAUCAAAGCUGACCACACCCGUGUGAUGGAGUACAUCAGCAGGCUGGACAAUUAUGAUGCUCCUGAUAUCGCAAACAUCGCCAUCAGCAGUGAGCUGUAUGAGGAGGCCUUCGCCAUCUUCAAGAAGUUUGAUGUCAACACCUCAGCUGUGCAGGUGCUCAUUGAGCAUAUUGGUAACCUGGACCGGGCCUAUGAGUUUGCAGAACGCUGCAAUGAACCGGCCGUGUGGAGCCAGCUGGCCAAGGCUCAGCUGCAGAAAGAGCUGGUUAAAGAAGCUAUCGACUCCUACAUCAAAGCUGAUGACCCCUCUGCAUACAUGGAGGUGGUGCAGGCAGCUGAUAAGAGUGGACCGAGGCUACUUUGAGGAGCUGAUCACCAUGCUGGAGGCCGCYCUGGGCCUGGAGCGGGCUCACAUGGGCAUGUUCACAGAGCUGGCCAUCCUUUACUCCAAGUUUAAACCCCAGAAGAUGAGGGAGCAUCUGGAGCUGUUCUGGUCCAGAGUCAACAUCCCAAAGGUCCUGAGAGCAGCGGAGCAGGCUCACCUGUGGGCCGAGCUGGUCUUCCUCUACGACAAGUACGAGGAGUUUGACAACGCCAUCAUCACCAUGAUGAACCAUCCAACAGACGCUUGGAAGGAGGGCCAGUUCAAAGAUAUCAUCACCAAAGUGGCCAAUGUGGAGCUGUACUACAAAGCCAUCCAGUUCUACCUGGAGUUCAAGCCUUUGUUACUGAACGAUUUGCUCAUGGUUCUGUCUCCGAGACUGGACCACUCACGUGCUGUCAACUACUUCAGCAAGGUGAAGCAGCUGCCUCUGGUCAARCCCUACCUGCGCUCAGUCCAGAACCACAACAACAAAUCAGUCAAUGAAGCACUUAACAACCUCUUCAUCACAGAGGAGGACUAUCAGGCACUGAGGACAUCAAUAGAUGCUUAUGAUAACUUUGACACCAUCUCACUGGCCCAACGCAUGGAGAAACACGAGCUGAUUGAGUUCAGGAGAAUCGCUGCCUACCUCUUCAAAGGCAACAACCGCUGGAAACAGAGUGUGGAGCUCUGCAAGAAAGACAAGCUGUAUAAGGACGCCAUGCAGUACGCUUCAGAGUCCAAAGAUAUCGAGCUGGCAGAGGAGCUGCUGGCCUGGUUCCUGCAGGAGAACAAGAAGGAGUGCUUUGCUGCCUGCCUCUUCAGUUGCUACGACCUGCUGCGGCCCGACGUGGUGCUGGAGACCUCCUGGAGACACAACAUCAUGGACUUCUCCAUGCCGUACUUCAUUCAGGUCAUGAGGGAGUACCUGAGCAAGGUUGAUAAACUUGAAACUUCAGAGUCACUAAGAAAAGAAGAGGAGGAACAAGCAACAGAGACACAACCCAUCGUCUACGGAACACCUCAGCUCAUGCUAACAGCAGGCCCCAGCGUGCCCGUGGCCCCCCAGCAGCCUUAUGGUUAUGGGUACCAGGCCCCUGCAGGCUACCCUCAGCCAGCAGCCCAGCCUGGCUUUGGCUACGGCAUGUGAAGACCCCCCAGCAUCUGUCCACACAUCCAUCCAUGUCCCCCCAGUCCUUCAACCAUUGUGUGUCUGUGCUCCUCAUGGAGUGAAGGGACAAUACUGACAACCUUUCUUCCUCCACCUUUUCCUUUUUUUAAAAAACUUUCAUGAAGGACUAAAACUUUUUUUCUUCUCUGGUCAAAAGAUUUAACAAGAAUCACAAAGUUAAAUUUUGUCACAUUCCGUAUCGACUAAAUUCAUUGUGUGUUUGAUUUUGGGAGUGGUUUGUGUACAAUGUGUGGGCUGGUGGGCAGAGAUGCUCUCAGAUUAAAGGUGUUUGUGAAGCGUCUGAUUUGCACUCUGUAGUGAGAAGAACUUCAUGUAGAACCUCUUCCUUCAUGUGUGAGCAGCUUCUUCUCUCUGACUUUACAAAGCAUUGACUUGUAUAAAAGCCUCUUGUCUAUUGUUCUGUUUUCAACAUGAAACUGCUGCUUUCAUGAGCCUCCCAUCCUGAAACACUACGUCUUCUCAGUGCACUCUUCAGGGCUCUGUGUUAAAGAAAACCUAAAGUCUUUUCUAUACGAUUUACAGGAAAGUUUCAUCUUUCCAGCAAAGCCUAUGCAGACGUCUCCAAACUAAUGUUUCCCAUGGCUGUAAGAUGGUUCUGCCCCAGGAGGGACUGUAGACCUCCAUGUMAGACUAACACGCUCCCUGCUUACUGUGCUUUGGAUCAUUCUGGUCAUUUCUUUUUUACUCUUCAUCCUGUUAUCUGUUGCUUUGAACAUUUUCAAUACUCAUCCACAGUCUGAAACAUUGCAGCACAGAUGGAGGUUUCAAGUCUUUAUUAAAGGCUUGUGUGUACACAGGAAAUCAAUCAUUAACUCCUUAUAUUCUUAUCUAAAUUACCUUAGAUUAAUUGUGCACUUGCGAUACUUGAUUGUGCAUAAUCAGGAUAAUGAAUGAAACAGCAGUUUUUGUUUUCACUUAAAAAUAAAGGCUUCUUGUUUGUCAAA